AUAGCGAGAGCAUAAUCGACGGAUCAAUGGCGAGCAUCGAGACUGAGCAACAACAACAUCAACAUCAUCACCACCACCACAGUCACCACAGUCAUUCUACAAACACCACCACCAACACCACCUCGAGAGAUGACCAGUCGUCGGAGUACGGCUCCAACGCCCGGGACACCAUCAUCUGCGGCCCGCACGUGGUGACCAUACUGAAGUCGGAGACGGGCUUCGGCUUCAACGUCCGCGGCCAGGUCUCCGAAGGUGGCCCUCUGCGGAGCAUCAACGGCGAGCUGUACGCCCCGCUGCAGCACGUCAGCGCCGUCCUCGAGAAUGGCGCCGCCGAGAAUGCGGGCAUCCGCAAGGGCGACCGCAUUUUGGAAGUAAACGGCACCAACGUCGAGGGCGCCACUCACAAGCAGGUGGUCGAUCUAAUCAAGUCAAGCGGCGACAAGCUCGUUCUCACCGUCAUCUCCGUCACGCCUAGAGAAGCAGAAAAGCUCGAACCUUCCGACGACCUGAGCAGCUUCUCCUACUACGACUACGGCGAGAAGCGCUCUCUGCCCAUCUCCAUUCCCGACUACAGUUGGAUUGAGAAGACCAACUCCCAGUCACAUGGAGAACGCUACGUCGUCUUCAACGUGUACAUGGCGGGGCGGCACCUCUGCUCCCGUCGCUACCGGGAGUUCUUUGCCUUGCACAGCAACCUCAAGCGGGAAUUUCCCGAUUUUGAGUUUCCCAAGCUGCCGGGGAAGUGGCCCUUUACGCUGUCCUACCAGCAGCUGGACAGUCGACGGCGCGGGCUGGAGCUCUACCUGGAGAAGGUCUGCGCAGUGAGGGUCAUUGGCGAGAGUGACGUAGUGCAGGAGUUUCUCACCGACUUUGAGGACGAACAUGUGACCCCAGUGGACCUGAAGCUGCUCCUGCCGGACCGCACCGCCCUCAGCGUGACCAUUCGCAAAAAUAGUACCACGGCGGAGGUGUACGAGGGCGAGGUGGUCCCUCGAAUCGGCCUCAGCCGCGAAACCGCCGCCAACUUUGCCAUCUUCGAGAUUGUCGAGCCGGGCUUUGAGCGGAAGCUGCAGGCGAACGAGUACCCGCACAGUCUGUACAUUGCAAACAUUCAGAACACCAGCGCCGCUUCCACCUGUUUGCUGGUGAAGCGGUGGCUGUUCAGUGUGGCGCGGGAGGUGGCCCUCAGCACUGAGAACGACCUUCUCGCCACCUACUUCUUCUACCAGGCGAUUGAGGAUGUCAAUAGUGGGCAGGUGAAGGCAGGCAAUAAGCUGUAUGAGCUGAAGGCGCUGCAGAAUGUCGCCAAGAAGGUUGAGUACCUCAAACUGGCGAGGAGCUUAGAGGGCUACGGCGAGCUGACCUUUCCCCACUGUCCGUCGGAUGCGAGGAAGGAGGGACACGUCGUGGUGACGGUCGCCUAUGGUUGCUUCAAACUGCAGGCCUGUAAGGAGGAUGGCACGUUGGAGCCAAAGGUUCUUGAGUUUGACUGGCACUGCAUCAACGAGUGGGAGGUGGACGAUGAGGCGAUGUGCUUUGUCUUUGUCUACACGCGCACUGAUAAGAAGCCGAGGAGGGUGCGCAUCUACACGCCAUAUCACAUCUUCCUCUACGAGUGCUUUGAGCGCGUCAAGGAGGAGAAGGGCGGCACUUUGCAGGUGCAAGGGGCGGCAGCGACCACGACCAGUCCAUCAAGAGGAAAUACCUCGGUGGAGUUUUAA